AUGAUACCGAUAGUUGUAGAGCAAACAGGAAGAGGUGAAAGAGCCUAUGAUAUUUAUUCAAGACUUCUUCGUGAACGUAUAAUUUGUUUAAUGGGACCAAUAACUGACGAAAUAAGCUCAUUAGUUGUUGCACAACUUCUCUUCCUACAAUCGGAAUCUAGUAAAAAGCCCGUGCAUCUUUAUAUAAACUCACCAGGUGGUAAUGUUACAGCUGGAUUGGGAAUAUACGAUACAAUGCAGUACAUAACUCCACCUGUAGCUACAUGGUGUGUAGGACAAGCUUGCAGUAUGGCAUCACUGUUGCUAGCGGCAGGUGCUCCAGGUAUGCGUCACGCUCUCCCUAACUCCCGUAUUAUGAUUCAUCAGCCAUCAGGAGGGGUAAGAGGUCAAGCAACUGAUAUACAGAUUCAAGCAGAAGAAAUAUUAAAACUCAAAGCACAAAUUAAUGCUUUGUAUGUAAGGCAUACUGGUUUACAAUUGGAGAGAGUGCAGUCUUCAAUGGAGCGAGAUUGUUUUAUGUCUCCUAUUGAAGCAAAGGCUUUUGGAUUAAUAGAUAAUGUCCUUGAACAUCCACCAUCACACGCAAUGGAAAAUGAGGCUGUUUCUGCAUCAGGAACUACUACCACUAACUGA